CAACAGGCACAGACCAUGGUUUUUGCCAUAAAUGAGAUCAAUAAUAAUCACAACCUGCUGCCUAACAUCACACUUGGUUACCAAAUCUAUGACAACUGUUUAAGGCUUGGAGUGGCAUUCAGGGCUGCAAUAGAUCUUAUUAGUGGGUCAGAAGAGUCCUUCUCUGACCUCAACUGCACUGGCCCACCCCCAGUGAUUGGAAUCAUAGGAGAUCCAGGUUCCACACAGUCUAUUGCAAUUUCCAGUGUCCUGGGGCUGUUUCGAGUGCCUAUUGUUAGUUACUAUGCCACCUGCUCCUGUUUGAGUGACAGGAAUAAGUAUCCUUCCUUCUUCAGAACUAUUCCCAGUGAUGCCUUCCAGGUGCGGGCUAUGGUCCAGAUCUUGAAGCAUUUUGGAUGGACCUGGGUUGGCCUGCUCUACAGUGAUGAUGACUAUGGCAUCUAUGCCGCUCAGUCCUUCCACCAAGAGAUGCAGCUGUUUGGGGGGUGUGUUGCCUUCUCUGAGAUACUGCCUUAUGAUAACAAUCACAGAGAUAUUCAACGGAUAGUAGAGGUUAUUCAGACCUCUACAGCCAGGGUAGUUGUGGCAUUCUCAACCGAUCUGUUAUCACUGAUGGAUGAGUUGUUGUUGCAAAAUGUGACUGGCAAGCAGUGGAUUGCAAGUGAGGCUUGGACCACCACACCUGUUCUGCACACACCACAUUAUCUGCCCCUACUGGGGGGCACACUGGGCAUUGCCAUCCGUCGUGGAGAGAUUCAGGGACUUUGUGACUUUCUGCUACACCUCCGUCCCGACAACAAUCCAAAAAACAGGAGAAAGGUGUGUACAGGGCAAGAGGAUCUGAGCAGCACAGACACAGCUUACACUGAUGUAUCAGAGCUGAGGGCCUCCUAUAAUGUGUAUAAGGCAGUAUAUGCCAUGGCACAUGCCCUCCAUGAUCUGAUGCAGUGUGAGGAGGGGAGAGGGCCAUUCAGUGGGAACAGCUGUGCUGACAUAAACAACCUGCAGCCCUGGCAGGUAGUCCAUUACCUACAAAAAGUGAACUUCACCACAGGCUUUGGGGAUCAUGUGUCAUUUGAUAAGAAUGGCGAUGCCCUAGCCAUCUAUGAUGUGAUGAACUGGCAGCCAAACUCUGACAAGUCGAUCAUUGUUCGUACAGUUGGUGUGGUGGGUGAAGGAGCAGCAACAGGGAAGGUGCUCACACUGGAUGAGGAUGCAUUAACAGAAUGUGUGGUGUGUCCAAAUGAGUUUUGGUCCAGUCCAGAAAAUGAUCGUUGUGUUCCCAAAGAAGUGGAGUUUCUAUCCUACAAGGAUCCAUUAGGCAUCUCCCUGACCACUGCCUCCCUUUUAGGCACUAGUUUCUGUGCUGUUGUGAUGGUUAUCUUUGCACAUCACCGCAACACUCCAGUGGUGCGUGCCAACAAUUCAGAGCUCAGUUUCCUGCUGCUGUGGUCACUUAAACUCUGUUUCCUGUGUGUGCUGCUGUACAUUGGCCGACCGCAGUUGUGGACAUGUCAGUUAAGACAUGCUGUGUUUGGCAUUAGCUUUGUCCUGUGCAUCUCCAGCAUCCUGGUCAAGACCAUGGUGGUAAUAGCUGUGUUCAAGUCAUCUCGACCUGAGGGUAAAGCUACCUUAAAGUGGUUUGGGGCAGCCCAGCAAAGAGGCACAGUUGUGGCUCUAACUACUACACAGGUAGCAAUAUGUACAGUCUGGCUGUCAACUGCAUCCCCCACACCCUAUAAAAACAGCCAGUAUAUCAGCUCCAAAAUAGUGUAUGAAUGUGCUAUCGGCUCAGAGGCUGGAUUUUGUAUGCUGUUGGGCUACAUUGGUCUGCUAGCAGCAGUAAGCUUCCUGUUAGCAUUCAUGGCAAGGAAACUUCCAGAUAAUUUUAAUGAAGCGAAGUUCAUUACCUUUAGUAUGUUGAUCUUCUGUGCUGUGUGGAUUACAUUCAUCCCAGCAUAUGUCAGCUCACCAGGGAAAUAUUCAGUGGCUGUGGAGAUUUUUGCCAUUCUAGCUUCCAGUUUUGGAGUACUGUUGGCCAUAUUUGCACCAAAGUGCUACAUAAUUAUAUUACACCCAGAAAGAAACACUAAAAAGGCCAUUAUGGGUCGAAGGGUGAGUGGGUCAUACAGCGUUAAAGCAAGAGAGAUGUGGAUCACUCUAAACAUCUGCCUGUAUCUGUCCUUUACCUGUAUCUCUGCUUCUUUCAUCCCCAGCUCAAACUCCUGUCAGCUCCAGGGACACUUCAAGUUGAACGGGAUGUACCAGGAUGGAGACUUCAUCAUUGGGGGCUUGUUUGAGGUUCAGCAUCUCAAAGUGUUCCCAGAACUGAGCUUCAAAGCAGAGCCGGAACAGCCCCAGUGUGAGGAAUUCUAUAUGUCGAGCUUCCAGCAAGGACAGACUGUAAUUUUUGCUAUAGAGGAGAUCAAUAAGGAUCCCAACCUGCUGCCUAACAUCACCCUCGGUUAUCAUCUGUAUGACAACUGUUUAAAGCUUGUAGUGGCAUUCAGGGCUGCCAUAGAUCUUAUUAGUGGGAGAGAGCAGACCCUCUCUAACCUCAACUGCACAGGUCCACCACCGGUGAUUGCUAUUGUGGGAGAUCCAGGGUCCACUCACUCCAUUGCAGUUUCUAGUGUGCUGGGUCUGUUUCGAGUUCCUUUGAUCAGCUACUAUGCCACCUGCUCCUGUUUGAGUGACAGAAAAAAGUACCCCUCUUUCUUCAGAACUAUCCCCAGUGAUGCCUUCCAGGUGAAGGCUAUGGUUCAGAUCUUGAAAUAUUUUGGAUGGACUUGGGUUGGUGUUAUCUAUAGUGAUGACGACUAUGGAAUCUAUGCCGCUCAGGCCUUCCACAAGGAAAUGCAGCUCUUUGGAGGUUGUGUUGCUUUCUCUGAAAUAAUGCCAUAUGAUAAUCACAGGGAUAUUCAGCGCAUAGUUACAGUGAUAAAGGCUUCUACCGCAAAGGUGAUUGUGGCAUUCUCAACUGAUCUGUUAGCUCUGAUGGAUGAAUUGUUAUUGCAAAAUGUGACUGGCAGGCAAUGGAUUGCAAGCGAGGCUUGGACCACCUCACCUGUACUUCAUGGUUCACGUUACCUGCCCCUUGUUGGGGGCACACUGGGUAUCGCCAUCCGCCGUGGAGAGAUCAAGGGACUUAAUGACUUUCUGCUACACAUCCGUCCUGACCAUGAUCCAAGAAAUAAUAUGGUGAGAAUCUUCUGGGAGAACAUGUUCGGGUGCAGGUUUCAGACUGGAGGCAGAGAGAUAGAGGGAGAAAAAAUGUGUACAGGGGAAGAGGAUCUGAGCAGCACAGUUAAUGAAUAUACUGAUGUAUCAGAGCUGAGGGCCUCAUAUAAUGUGUAUAAGGCAGUAUAUGCUCUGGCACAUGCCCUCCAUGAUCUGAUGCAGUGUGAGGAGGGGAGAGGGCCAUUCAGUGGGAACAGCUGUGCUGACAUAAACAACCUGCAGCCCUGGCAGAUGGUUCAAUACCUACAGAAAGUGAACUUCACCACAGACUUUGGGGAUCAUGUGUCAUUUGAUAAAAAUGGAGAUGCACUGGCCAUCUAUGAUGUGAUGAACUGGCAGCCGAGCUCAGACGGGUCAGUUAUUGUCCGCACAGUCGGUGUGGUAGAUGAAGGGGCGGCAACAGGGAAGGUGCUCACACUGGAUGAGGAUUUAUUAUACUGGAACUUUGAGACAAAAAACCCCCCACGGUCUGUGUGUAGUGAAAGCUGCCCUCCAGGCACCAGACGAGCCACAAGGAAGGGCCUUCCUGUCUGCUGUUUUGACUGCCUUCCAUGUGCAGAUGGAGAGAUUUCUAAUAUAACAGAUUCUACUGAAUGCAAACUCUGUCCAGAUGACUCCUGGUCCAAUCCAGAAAAGACUCAUUGUAAUCCCAAAGAAGUGGAGUUUCUAUCCUAUGAGGAUCCACUUGGCAUCUCCCUCUCCACUGCCUCCCUUCUUGGCACCUGCUUCUGUGUCAUUGUGAUGGUCAUCUUUGCCCAUCACCGCAACACUCCCGUAGUACGUGCAAACAAUUCAGAGCUCAGUUUUCUGUUACUGCUGUCACUCAAACUGUGUUUUCUGUGUGUGCUACUCUUCAUUGGCCAACCACAGUUGUGGACGUGUCAGUUAAGACAUGCCAUGUUUGGCAUUAGCUUUGUUCUGUGCGUCUCCAGCAUCCUGGUCAAAACUAUGGUGGUAAUAGCUGUGUUCAAGUCAUCUCGGCCUGAGGGCAAAUCUGCAAUGAAAUGGUUUGGGGCAGCCCAACAGAGAGGUACAGUCUUAGUCUUAACUGCUGUCCAGGUGGUAAUAUGCGCAGUUUGGUUAUCAACUGCAUCUCCAACACCCCAUAAAAACACAGUCUAUAUCCGCUCUAAAAUAGUAUAUGAGUGUUCUAUUGGCUCAUUGGCUGGCUUCGCCAUUCUGCUAGGCUACAUUGGACUGCUGGCAGCAGUAAGCUUCCUAUUAGCUUUUCUAGCACGAAACCUCCCAGAUAAUUUUAAUGAAGCCAAAUUCAUUACCUUCAGUAUGUUGAUCUUCUGUGCUGUGUGGAUUACAUUUGUUCCAGCAUAUGUCAGCUCACCAGGAAAAUAUGCAGUGGCUGUUGAGAUUUUUGCUAUCCUGGCAUCCAGUUUUGGAUUGCUGGUGGCCAUAUUUGCCCCAAAGUGCUAUAUCAUUAUACUGCAUCCAGAGAGAAACACUAAAAAAGCCAUUAUGGGAAGACCAGAUGCAAAGAAAUAG